GCGACCCGACGCGGGCGUUUAUUUGGCAGUCAGUCAGUCAGACAGACACGAAAUCACAACAGUUAAACUACGACUUCAUUUUCAGCAUGAAUUCAGAUGCGAUGCUACUAGUGGAAACUGUUAAUUUCGCCGCGGAAAAGCAUCGCGACCAGCGACGGAAGGAUCCAGAGGGAACUCCGUACAUUAACCACCCCAUUGGAGUGGCAAGAAUCCUCAGUCAUGAAGGGGGAGUCAUGGACAUCGAGGUUUUGCAAGCAGCUCUGCUCCACGACACGGUGGAGGACACGGACACCACCUCCGCAGAGCUGGAAGCUAAGUUCGGGCCUGUGGUUUCUCGUAUCGUCCAGGAAGUGACGGAUGACAAACGUUUGCCGAAGCAGGAGAGGAAGCGUCUGCAGGUGGAGCACGCCCCUCAGUGCAGCCGACAGGCCAAACUGGUUAAGCUGGCGGACAAACUGUACAACCUGAGAGACCUCAACCGGACUAAACCUGUUGGCUGGACGGAUGAGCGGGUCCAGGAGUACUUUGUUUGGGCCAGCGAGGUGGUGAGAGGCCUGAAAGGAACACACCCGACUCUGGAGCAGAAGCUGGAGGAGCUGUUCAAACAGAGAGGGAUCCCGCUCUGACAACACAGACACAACGCUGGACAGCACACGGUGUAAAUUAUGUAUAAAAGCAUUCUAAUAAAAAUAAAUAAUACAUUUUAUUUCAUAUACAUCUGUGCUGCGCUUUGACUGUGCGUACCAUGUAAAACAUGAGUUCACUUAAUGUAGUGCCCUGCUAAAGAAUGUGUGAGGUCUAUACAAGAGACAAAAUACAAACAAUAUUAACGCUGUACAAUUGUAUGAAUAACCAAAUUAUAAACAUUUACAUUUUUGGUUGGGAAAUGAUUAAUACACCAAAUACGCAAUGAAUCAACCAAAAUGCAGUCACUAAAAAGGUAAGUAUUGAAAUGAAAGAUUUGAAUGAAUGUGGCUUUCUGUGGCUCCAUCUAGUGGACGCAGACCGCAACUACACCGCUUCCUCAGCACGUGAGGGAUGCAUGAAUAGCGGUAGUAAUUAACACUUAAAAGAGGCUAAAUACGCUGCACUGAUACAAAUAGGUAAUGUAAGGGAACAAUUGGAAUAUAGUUUAAAGCUACAUAGACUUCAUACUGCAAGAAGAGCUGAUUGUAAUGUCCCAAUCAGUAUCUGACGAGUCCAGGAAAAAAGGGUUUUUUGUGUAAGAUUUUGGAUUUGUGGAUGUGGACUUUUGCAAGGAUAAUCAACAAAUUGAUAAUACAUUUUUCUUUUGGCUUUGUUCUAAUCGUUACAUGGUCAAAAACACCAAACAACACAUCCUUCCAAAAUAGUUUGAAAUCAGUUUCAAUGCUUUCAGACACAAAAUUACACAUAUCACUCCAAAAAGUUUGAACAAUGGGGCACAGCCAGAAUAAGUGAGUCACUGUUUCCGAAUUUGCAGAACAAAAAGUAAAUUUUGAAUUGAUAUUUCUUUUCUUCUCUUAUUCCAAUAUGGGAUCACGUAUGGAACUGCAGAGAUAUCCCUUUUAAAUAAAGUUCUAAUUGUUUUAUUAUUCUUAUUAUGGUUGCAGGAUAGGCAAAUUUUGCCAACUGUCGUAUCAAUCAAAGGUAGCAAGGCUAAUUGUCGGGUUUCCAUUCUAAUUUGAGAAAUCAUUAAUUAAAUGUGUCAUUAAUUAAUUAAAUGCAGUUUUACAUUUCAUGAUUCACAAAUUGAAACACGAAAUCAUUAAUUAAAUGUGUCAUUAAUUAAUUAAAUGCUGAAAUAAUAAAUAUAUUUUUU